GUUUGUUCUUGGUUUUCACAAAGAUCUAUCUCUCCGUCGCCCAGCCCUUCGCCUCCCAUGACCGAAUCAAACACUGUCCGCCAGCGCAGCAAGGGCGCCAGCACUCGCACAGAGAAGCCCUCAGGCGAUGACAAGAGAGAUGAGCAGCACGGCGCAGAUGCCCAUGCCCCUCACGAGGCGCCCAACCAGGCUGCAGCCUCUGAUCAGCCGCCCAAGGCCGCCCCCAAAGACGUCCCAGUGCUGGUCUCAUGGCCGACGUUCUUUCUCAUCGGGUUCUUGGUGGUGACUGCAGUGGUGAUCCACAAGCACUGGGUGAGGGACUUCUCGGCGGGCAGCAACUUCGGCCUUCUGACCUACCGGCUCCGCAAGCUGCUGACUUCCCGAGUCGACACACACUUCUGGGAGCAGAACAGCAUGGACAGAUACCACCUCAAGGCCUCCAUCAUGGCCAGGUCAGUCAGACACACAAGGGCAGUCAGUGCACACAGACGCCCAGACAGGAGCGUAUGCGUCCAUGCAUCUGUGUGUGGCCUUUCUUCAGCGACUUUCGUCGCCUGUUUGCGGAGGUGGAGCCCGUCAGCGUGGUUUCCAAGCAUGCCAUCCCCGCUCCGAUAGUGGACGACACGCCGCGCAUGGAGCAGCCGGUGCAUGGGGACAUCCCCGACCUCCCCCUCAACCCCCCACCCUGCCUCUACACGCGAUGUGGCCGCAACGAGUCCGGCAGCAACAUGGACUUCGACCUGCUCACACCCGACUCAGCCGAUGCUGGACCUGGCCUGCGCUCGUGCUGCCCGUCCGGCUGCUGUGUGGUGGGGUGGACGCCCAUCCCAGACGCGCCCGUUAACAUCACCUUUUAUGUGUCGAGGGCGAUAGGGGCGCGGUAUCCCGCCCUGACGCGGCUGCUGAGAGCCAGACAGAGCGACGAGGUUGAGCUGGAUGAUGCGACGGAGGUCGAGAGGAAUGAGACUGAUGUGAGGGCGAUGGGUGCAGGGGUGCCUUUGGUGUUUUACGUGCACGGCGGCGGGAGUGCCUUUCUGAAUGUGGAGGCGUACGACCAUCUGAUGCGGUACCACGCCAACAGAGUGGAUGGGGUCGUGGCGGCCAUCGACUACCGGUACCUAUGGAUCGAGGGAUGCAGACACCCACACACGCGCACAUGGGGAAAGGGAAGGCAUCCACCCGACGUGUUUGUUCUGGGUGUUGUUAUUUCGCGUGUGUCAGAUUGGCGCCGCAGUGGAAGUUCCCCUCUGGUAUAGAGGACAGCAUUGCCGCCGUCACCUGGCUCUACAAACAUGCAAGCGACUUCGGGCUCGACACAAACAGGUGACUCAACAAAGUGACGCAUGCACACACCACAGCACAGCCCAGCACACCAGCAACAAUGGUCUGUCUAUUGUAUGUGCUGUGCAGGUUUGUGCUGAUGGGGGACAGUGCUGGUGGCGUCAUUACCCUGAGCAUGAUGGGUAUGGCGAUCGUGCGUGAGCUGCCAUGGGUGCCGUCGAUCAAGGCACUGGGGCUCAUCUAUCCGAGUGUGUCGGGCUGCAUGAUGACACAAAGCCUCGCCAAGUGAGCCAGGCAGGGAGGGAGGGAAGAUGGAGUCUGUCUGUGGUCUAUGUGCGUGUCCUACGUCUGUCUGUCUGUCUGCCUGUGUGUGUGUGUGCUCUGCGUGUGAUCCCCUUCCUCAAUCAUUAAAACAAACAGGCAUUCUGACUUCCCUGCGAUCAACGUGCACAGCAUCUUCUGGUUCAAGAUGCUGGUGAGACCCCACCUCCCUCCCCGCAGACACACACCCACACGAUGCCCAGCAGGUUACAGUGUCUGCUCCCUCCCUCCGUCCCUCCCUCCCUCCCUCGUGUCGUGUGUCAGUACUGGCGCAGCCCCAACGAGUGUUUCGACUGGCGCGCCUCCCCACUGCGAAUGCCGCACUCACUGCUGCAGAAACUCCCACCUGCCGUCAUGUGUACGGGCCCACACACCACACAGACAGACAGACAGAUGCAGGUAUGUACCUGCACCUGUCUGUGUUGGUGUGUUGGUUGGCUGGUUCAGUCCAGUAUUCGCAUGACCCUCUGAAGGACAGCGGUGUGCUGCUGCAUCACAUGAUGGAGGACGCCGGCAACCAGGGACAGCUCGUCAUCAUGCCUGGUACGUACUUACACACAAACACACACACACACACACACAUCGGCACACAUGGUGCACCACCGAGACUCACAACGACUGUGGUUCCUGCAGGUGUGCAUGGGAUUUACGGCAGCGACCGUUUCCCCUACGGCAUGGAGGCCAUGGACACCGUCAUGCAGUUCGUCACAAAACACCUCGAGUGACAGACAGGCUUUUAGAGCUCUUUUUGCGUCAUCCUUUGGUGGGGGGGCGGGCGAAGGAGGGCAGCGGUGAGAUGGGGAGAGAAAUGAGGCGGGGCAUCUCGAUUCGGUGGCUGUUUUGCCCACUAAUACGACUGUCAGCAGCCCGACCCAGUGAUGCCUUCCUGUCUGUCUGUCUCUCUGUGUCUGCCUGCCCGCGUGUGUCUCUUCCGUGGCGUGUGUGUGGAUAGAGGGCGCCCCUUUUGCACCCCCUCUCUCUUGCAAUGCGACUGACUGACUUGUGAAUACGUACAUUUGUCUGGCCG